CUCUUACUGUUAUUGGUUUCCCGUCUCUUACUAUUAUUGGCUGCUGUCUUGAGAUACCGAAGUCUCGUUGUGCCGGCACCUUCACAAUUUACUUUUGUCCUUACUCAUACCGAAGCAUCUUCAACUUUCUAGUCUGCUGCUCUUUGUUAUGCUAUGCUUCUAUUUAAAUAAUGCUGUUCACCUCUUUAAUCUCAUUCCACAACUCCACAAUGACGACCAUCUCAAAUUUUCUUGGAAAUUUCGGCACCGAUCUCUCUCCUUCUAUAUUAUUGGCCCUCUGCGCCUUCUUCGCCGUCCUUUGCUAUACAUGGGUGCAUGUCAACUCCAACAAAGGGAGCUCGCCACUGCCACCAGGCCCACCGGCCCUCCCCUUCAUCGGCAACCUCGCCUCUCUUGACCCGGAACUUCACUCUUACUUUGCAUCCUUGGCCCGUACUUACGGGCCAAUCUACAAGCUCCAACUCGGAUACAAGCUUGGGAUUGUGAUCACCUCUCCAUCUCUGGCCCGAGAAGUUCUCAAAGACAAGGACAUAACUUUUGCUAAUCGAGAUGUCCCGGAUGUGGCCCGGGCCUCCGCUUACGGUGGUUCCGAUAUCGUUUGGACACCAUAUGGGCCAGAGUGGAGGAUGCUGAGAAAGGUAUGUGUUCUGAAAAUGCUUAGCAACACCACUUUGGACUCCUUUUACCCACUUCGCCGCAACGAGGUCAGACAAACUGUAAGUUACCUUUAUAGUAAGGCCGGGUCACCGGUGAACUUUGGAGAGCAAGUCUUUUUAACUAUAUUAAACGUGAUAACCAAUAUGUUAUGGGGAGGCACGAUACAAGGGAAGGAGAGGGCUAGCCUAGGAGCAGAGUUUAGGGAAGUGAUUGCGGAGAUGACCGAGUUAUUGGGGAAGCCGAAUAUUUCGGAUUUUUUUCCGGGUUUGAGUCGAUUUGACUUGCAAGGCAUGCUGAAGAAGAUGGAUAAGUUGGCGAAGCAGUUCGAUGGGAUGUUUGAGAAGGUGAUUGAUAAACGGGUGAAGAUGGACGGAGAAGGUCGGGAUAGUGGUAAAGAUUCUAAAGACUUCUUGCAAUUCUUGUUGAAGGUGAAGGAUGAGGGAGAUACCAAGACACCGCUAACCAUGACUCACCUCAAAGCCUUGCUUAUGGAUAUGAUUGUGGGUGGUACAGACACAUCCUCAAACGCAAUUGAGUUUGCGAUGGCAGAAAUUAUGAACAAGCCAGAAGUGAUGAAAAAAGUUCAGCAAGAAUUGGAUGCAGUAGUUGGCAAGAACAACUCUGUAGAAGAGUCUCACAUGCACCAACUACCUUAUCUAUAUGCCAUCAUGAAAGAGUCACUGCGAUUGCACCCUGCACUCCCUCUGUUAGUCCCUCACUGCCCUAGUGAAACCUGCACUGUGGGAGGCUACACCAUUCCAAAGGGUGCUCGAGUUUUCAUUAACGCGUGGGCGAUCCACAGAGACCCUUCAGCUUGGGAAGAUCCAUUAGAGUUUAGACCUGAGAGGUUUUUGGAUAGUCAAUGGGACUACAGUGGAAGUGACUUCAGUUAUUUCCCAUUUGGAUCUGGACGCAGGAUUUGUGCUGGGAUCGCAAUGGCUGAGAGGAUGUUUUUGUAUUUACUUGCCACCCUUCUGCACUCCUUUGAUUGGAAAUUGCCAGAAAGGAAAACAGUGGACCUGUCGGAAAAGUUUGGGAUUGUUUUGAAGUUGAAGAAUCCUCUGCUGGCUAUUCCAACACCAAGGUUAUCUGAUCCAACACUCUACGAAUAGCUCUUAGCGGCACUAAUAGUUUAUCCAUUGUACUCCACCGCUUAGGCACAAGGAGCUAUAUGGAAGUAUAGCUUUAUAAUAAAUACCGUGCGGUAACGGUUUAUUUAAAUACAUUUAUCACUAGGUAGUUAUCUGUAAAUAUAACUUUAUAAUAAAUAUAGUGCAGUAACAGUUUACUCAAAUACACUAUAAUUUUAUACUGCUCACUCAUAUAUAAAAUAUAUUUUUUACUUUUUAUAUAA